UGGUGACUCUGGGUUGUUUCAGUUCCCACUGGCAGUUUGUUGAAAUCGUACAACGGGACGCAGGACAACCCGGCUAUUUAAUAUCUAAAACAGAGUGACGUACUUAUUUUUAUAAUAACCUAAUCAAUUCGCCAUUACAAUUUACGCUAGGUUCCUUGACAUCUGACCUAAGUAAUAUAUAUAAUCCUUUAAUAAUCUUUUUUAUUUAUUUUUGUUGAAAUUUAAAUAAAUUUCUAAAUAAUAUUUUACUGUUGACAUGUAGUAAUACACGUACACAAUGAAAAUUUUGAUAGUAAUGUGUAUAUUUAUUUGUUUGGCCAUGAAAAUUGAGUCACUUUCUAUAGAAGAAAGAAAAUGUGUAAUGUGUCUUUGUCAUGCAAUUACGGGGUGCUACAGUCGACAGAAUUGUGCAAGUUACUCGAUUUCAAGAGACUAUUGGAAUCUAGCUGGACGACCCAAGGUAGACGGUUUAAAAUCAUAUGAAAAGUGCAUGAAAGAUAAAAAUUGCAUAGUUGAAACUAUAUUGAGAUACACUGGAAGAUUUGAAAAUGCGGAUGUAAAUUGUGAUGGACAAUUUGACUGUAUAGACAGAUUUGCCAUCCAUUUGUUUGGUAGUAAUUACGAAUACCCUAAUUUCGGAAAGACUUAUACUGAGAGAUUCAAUUCUUGUAAUAAAAUGGCAAAUAGUUCCGUUGCCCAAAUCACUAACUAUACUAUCGGUUGCUUGGCAAGAAUUGGAAGAAACUAAUUUUUUAACUAGCUACUAUUCUUAAGAUUAUAUAAAUGAAUAUUUAAUAUAAAAAAAAAGAAAAAUAAAAUAGUUCGAAGUAAAUAAAAU